AUGUGGGAUGCACAUUAUAUCGAAGAGCCUGAGCCUACUAAACCGACCACUAAAGCCCCUCAGCAACCAGGGAUUCCCCCAGUGCAAAUUUAUAAGCAUGCAUUUGCCCGAGAAAGGUUAUUGAAUAAGGCACGCACGGCAUUCGAGCUACUCAGCGGCCUUCUUGGCGAUCACGACUUUAUUUACGGAGACAGUCCAACGACCAUAGACAUAAUACUGGCAGCGCAUAUUCUCCCAAUUCUCCACAUUCCAUUCCCAACUUCAACUAUAUCGGACGAACUACGAAAGUCUUACGACACUCUUGCCACUCACGCUGACCGUAUCUUGAAAUUAUCCCGAGAACCGCCACCAGCACCAAUCCUCGGAACUCCAACGUUGGAGAAAGGAAAAAAUGCGUUCGCCCAAGAGAAGGAGAAGGAGUCCGUCACUAAAAGCGAUUUCUCUGCGAAGUAUGGAAAAUGGAUAUUCGGUUUGAUAGCAGGAGUAGGAAGUAUGGUGUACUUGUUCGCAACUGGAAUCGUGAGCAUCCAGAAUGCUGAGGAAGAUGAACUGGAGGUCACACCAGACAUUUUUGAUCUCGAGGAAGAGGAUGAAUAG